CCGAGCUACCUCGCCGCUGACCAUGGGCAGCAGGCAAAGCCUAUCUUGUAAUGACGUCACUAUUGUUGACCUAGUUAUGCAGUGACCAUAAGGGCAACAGUGAACCAGGUCAAGUUCAGCUGUUUAUUCCAUUCUCUGCAAAGCGGCUCGUGUUCCACUGAGUUAAAAGAGGUACGUCAUUGCUGAGAAGGUCAUAAGCUGCCUAAACAAGAGACGUUAUAUCCUAUAUUAGGAGUGGCGUAUAAGGAGAGGGUGUCAAAGAUGCAUUACUGUACUCUAUAUACUUCGCCAGUUAAUUUGAAAGAAUGAUCAAGCACGCCAUGUGUUUGUAUUAUUAGUCCGACCCUUCUCGACUGACCAGGUCGACCGACAUCACUGACUGUACAGCGCUUAAGGUAACACUAGGGUGAUCUCUAGGUAAACAAACCUUUGGACCGUAGCCUACUACAGCAACGAGUCCCUCUGCCAUGGCGUACCGGCGUUUUCUCAGCGCUGUAGGAAGACGUCGACAGCGGCCGUAUCUCCGGCGGCAGACAGAGGAGGUACAGAGUGACCAGGCGGUGAUACCACUGAACGCAGGGCUGGCCCACCCGGCUCUCUUCCCAUACAGGACGGCCACGCUCCGCCUGCAGGACGGGAGGCAGGUAGAACUGGGAGAGGAGAUCAUGCAGGAAGUGCAGCAGUAUAGCAAUACUACCGGUUACCCUCCGUUCCGGGACUGGUGUAAGAACUUCAUUUUGGAACAUCACAGCCCUCCAUGCUGGGGACGAGGUGAAAAUGCCACCGACGUGAUCGUCACCAACGGCGCUGCGGAGGCUGCCUUCAAGGUGCUGGAAAUGUGCCUGGAGACAGACGACACCAUCAUAGUCCAGAAUCCCACCUACGCCUCCGCCAUCGACCUAGUGCAAGCUCUUGGCGCCAAACCUGUCGGCGUACCGGGAGACGGACGUGGACUAUCACCCUUGCACUUGAGAGAAACUUUAUCCAAAUGGACUCCCGAUGAAGUAAAGGAUCCAAAUUCUGAUUUCCCCAAGUUGAUGUAUCUGGUACCCACGGGGGGUAACCCGACAGGGGAGAAUAUGACAUUAGAGCGUAAGCAGGAAAUAUACGCCAUAGCCAAGGAGUUUGAUUUGCUCAUUCUAGAGGACGACCCCUACUACUUUGUACAGUAUACAGACUCUCGUGUGCCGAGUUUUCUCUCCAUUGAUACAGACGGGAGAGUAAUGAGAGCAGACUCGUUUUCGAAAACCGUGUCUCCGGGGUUACGUCUUGGCAUCCUCAGUGGGCCAGCGCCCCUGGUGGACAAAAUCGUGGCGCACAUUGGUUCCACGCAAGAACAUUCUAGUAAUUUGUCACAGGUGGCGCUGCUGAUGGCCUUGGAGGCGUGGGGACAGGACGGGUUCCAGGAACAUGUUAAAAAGAUUCAAAGCGUUUAUAAAGAACAGAGGGACGCCAUGCAGAGUUCGGCAGAGAAAUGGUUGAGCGGUCUAGCAGAGUGGGAUCUACCGGAAGCUGGGAUUUAUUUCUGGAUCCGGAUAAAGGAUGUACAAGACUCCAGAAAGAUCGUUGAAGAAGUUCGCAAGCACUAUCAGAUUGGCGUGUCACCCGGGUUUGCAUUUUCUACCAAACCAAGUGACCCCUCGCCGUUUGUGCGGGUCUCAUUUUCCUACGUGGCACCGGACACGAUAGAUUUUGCAUUUCAAAAGCUUGCUGACGUCAUCAGAGAGACACAGAAAACAGAAAGAAGAGAGUAUGGAACUUAAAAUUGUGUAAAGUUAUCUUCCGUAAAAAGAUGUAUCGAAUAUCAGGAAUAUGGGAGAGGCAACACUUGGAUAUCAACUUAGAUAUUUCGAAAGACAUAUAUUACACUGUACAUAGUACCUUUGGCAAAGACCUUUGUUUCAUUUCUAUGGAAUAUCAUUGCUUUCUUUCUAAUUGACAAGGUGCACCUUAUUAAUUAAAUACCCUGCGCAUAAUUACCAUCAAUAAAUCUCAUUCAAAUA